GUAAAAAAACAUACAUACAUGCUGUCUGAAUCUUCCUAUCAACAAGUGAAAUAAAAUGUGGACGUUUAUGGAGCUGUGAGCAAACACUUCUGCUCAGGCGCCAUUUUCCAGCUCAAUUCAGAAAUCACUCCAUACUAUCAAUAAGCAGGUCAACUGGGAGCGACCGUGGGCUACUUCACUUCAGAAAGGGUGCGUUACAUUACCCUUUCUACAUGCUCUUUUGGAUAUUUUUCAUUCUUUUAGCUUUCCAAGGAGUUUAUGGCCGGAAUGUGUUAACAAAACGUGCCUGUAUCCACUUCUCAUUUUAAAAAGGACCUCAAGUGGGCAGUAAUGUGUUUUAUGAUUGGGAGGGAGUUGCUGACAAUGGAAUUUAUGCUACUGUUCAUUCAUGGUGUUGUGCUGUUCAGUUCAGCUAAAUAGUGACACCUCCUGGAUUGUCUAGAAGCAGCCCCAGGAAAGGGAACACCCCGCCACUGAAAUAAGAAACGAAACCAAGGCUGAGAGAGUUGACAGCCAUGGCCUCCGGGAGUCUCGUCCAGGAGUUCUGUGAUGAAACGACUUGUGCCAUCUGCCUGGAACACUUCAACGAUCCAGUGAUUCUCGUAGAGUGUGGGCACAAUUUCUGCCAUGCCUGCCUCACCAGGUACUGGGGAGAGUCUGGUACGAAGGCUUCCUGCCCUCAUUGUAGGGGAACAGUUCAGCCAAAGAACCACAGCCCGAACUGGCAGCUGGCAAACCUUGUAGGCCUUGUUAAGAAACUGAAGGAGAGACAAAGAGCAGAAGGCCAGAGGGAAACGUGCGAGAAGCACCAGGAGCCCCUGAAGCUCUUCUGCAAGGACGAUGAAGCCCCCAUCUGUGUGGUGUGCGACAGGUCCAAGGAGCACAAGAAUCAUGAUGUGGUUCCUGCGGAGGAAGCCGCUGAAAAAUACAAGGAAAAGAUCAAAGUUCAGCUGAAGUCUCUGGAGGAAAAGAGAGAAAAUCUUGUGCAUCAAAAACUGAAGGAACAGCAGAGAAGGCAGACACUUCUGGCACACAUUGAAGUAGAGAAGCAGAAGAUCCAGACUGCCUUUGAACAAAUGCACAAGUUCCUUAAGGAAAAAAAGUGUGCUCUGCUAGCCCAGUUGGAAGAUGUGGAGAAUGAGAUCAUGGAGAGCUAUGAAGAAAACAUCACCAGACUCUUGGCAGCCAUUUCCCAUCUCUGCUUUCAAAUCACAGAGUUGGAGGAGAAGUGCCAACAGCCAGAGAGUGAAUUCCUGCAGGAUGUCAGCAGCACCUUGAACAGGUAUAUGAAAAAAGGACAAGAGAGGAAACUGGUGGAACUUCCCCCGGAGCUGGAAGAGAAACUCAGAAGUCACAGUCAGAAAAGUUCUGCUCUACAGAAGGCUCUGCGAAAAUGUGAAGGGUCUCUGAACCUAGCGCUGAACAAAGUGAAUGUGACUCUGGAUCCAGAAACUGCGAAUCUCCGGCUCGUUGUGUCUGAGAAUCAGAAGAGUGUGAGAUGGGAAGUUGUACCUCAGAUCCUGCCUGAGAACCCUGAGAGAUUCGAUGCUAUGCCCUGUGUUCUGGGCUGUGAGAGAUUCAGUUCAGGAAGCCACUGGUGGGAGGUCCAAGUUGACUUAGAAGUAGAGGUAGAGGAAAGAGGGUGGAUAAUGUGGGCAGUGGGGAUCACACGAGAAUCUGGCAUAAGGACAGGAAGGAUCAGCCCUAAUUCUAAUGAGGGCAUCUGGGCCGUGGGGAAGACCAGCCACCCGUUCACCUCUUGUCAACUAUCAGCUUUUACUUUCCCUGAGCCAACGCCUUUGAACCUGAGACAUGAGCUGAGGAUGAUCCGGGUGUCUCUGGAUUAUGAAGAGGGUCGUGUGGAGUUUUUUGAUGCAGAGAGAGAUCAGUUGAUCUUUACUUUCUCUUCAGCCUCAUUUUCUGGGGAGAACAUUUCUCCCUGUUUCUGGAUGGGGUGGGGUGUCAGGUUGAACACUGGAGACUUGAGGAGGACCCCUGCCCCUUCCAGCAUUCUGAAAGAAGACGACACAUUGUAACUACAUGGGAUGACAUUCUAGGCCAGGUGUCUCUAUGCUCAUGGAGGCUGUUUGUAAGAGAGACAAUAAUAGUGAAAAGGAAAGGGCAUUGGACAAGCAAAGUUAACAGAAAUCCGUGAGGAGCCAUCUCAUAGGGCCCAGAGCCAAAUUCUUCUUGGUGAAACCAGAACACUUGUAUUAUCUUUGGAUGGCCUCUAAUCAAGAAACAUGCAGAUGUGUGCAAGGUCUCAUUUCAUCUAUUGAUGUAGGCAUAUCUUGAAUGGUUAUUGGCUUGUUAGUAACCCUAGGGAAAGGGGAAAAACUCAUUCACUUUGCAUUUUAUACAUUUCCAGAAUAAAUGUGUGAACCAACA